CAGGGUUUGUUUGCCAGCCCACCUCUCCGAAAUCAACAUGGAAAGAAAAGUACUUGCCAUGCAGGCGAGGAAGAAGAGGACAAAGACUAAAAAAGGAGGCAAUAAACCAGAUCCUCAUGGCCGUGGAGGGGGCUCUCAGCCAGGCCAGGCAAACUCUCCCCUCCCAGAGCAGGAUGAAGAAAUCUUGGGUUCUGAUGAUGAAGAGCAAGAGGACCCCAAUGACUACUGCAAGGGGGGCUAUCACCAUGUGAAAAUUGGAGACUUGUUCAAUGGAAGAUACCAUGUGAUCCGUAAGCUGGGCUGGGGACACUUUUCCACUGUGUGGCUGGCCUGGGAUAUCCAGGGAAAACGCUUUGUGGCCAUGAAGGUUGUGAAGAGUGCUGAGCAUUAUACGGAGACAGCGCUGGAUGAGAUCAAACUGCUCAAAUCUGUGAGAAAUUCAGACCUUAGUGACCCCAGCAGAGAGAAAGUGGUUCAGCUUCUAGAUGAUUUCAAGAUAUCUGGCAUGAAUGGCACCCAUGUGUGCAUGGUGUUUGAGGUGCUGGGCCACCAUCUACUGAAGUGGAUCAUCAAGUCCAAUUACCAAGGCCUGCCCCUGCCCUGUGUAAAGAGCAUAAUACGACAGGUCCUACAGGGUUUGGACUACCUCCACACGAAGUGCAAGAUCAUCCACACAGACAUCAAGCCAGAAAACAUCCUUCUGACUGUCAAUGAGCCCUAUAUCAAAAAGAUGGCAGCAGAAGCUACUCAGUGGCAGAGGACUGGUGCCCCACCCCCCUCUGGUUCUGCAGUGAGCACAGCUCCAGCAAACAAACCAACUGUCAAGAUGUCCAAGAACAAGAAGAAGAAGUUGAAGAAAAAACAGAAGAAGCAAGCAGAAUUGCUUGAAAAGAGGGUUCAAGAAAUGGAGGGGGUAGUCGUGCGCGAGAGAGGGGAGGAGGAGAAUGACGAAGAGACCACAGAAGACACACUUUCUACAUCAGUGACGCUGCAAGACAUUGUUAUCCACAGCAGCAUAGAUGCCACCACUAAUAGCCAGUCACAGCAGAUGCCAGAGGCAGAGGAACAAGGGGAGAAUGAGGACGAAAGCAAAAUGGAGGUGAACUGCAACGGCCACUCCUCCAGCCCAGGGAAGGUGGUUGAGCCUGAGAGCCAAAUGCACCUGUCUGAGCAGGACACAGAGCUUUUGGGGGACCAGCAGAAUGGAAACCAACCAGAGAGCAUCACUAAAAACCACGACUCUUCGGACGACAAGCAAGACGACCAGGCCUGUAACGGGACCCCGGGGAUCCCCCACCCGGACCCACAGCAGAUCCCUGCCUCUCUCAGUCCUAACCCAGGCACUGUAGAACUAGGGGAGGGAGAGAAGGAGGAGGUGCUGCUGGACACACAAGGAGAGACAAAAGGAAAGAAUGAAGAAAACUACCAAAACGGAGCGUCAGGCAGUCUGCUUGUGAACCCACUUGAACCCCAGAAUGCUGACAAGCUGCAAGUCAAAAUUGCUGACCUGGGCAAUGCCUGCUGGGUGCACAAGCACUUCACAGAUGACAUCCAGACACGGCAAUAUCGCUCUCUGGAGGUGCUGAUGGGAGCCGGCUAUAGCACACCAGCAGACAUCUGGAGCACAGCAUGCAUGGCAUUUGAACUUGCUACAGGAGACUACCUGUUUGAGCCCCAUUCUGGAGAGGAAUACUCCAGAGAUGAAGACCACAUAGCGUUGAUUAUUGAGCUGCUUGGUAAAGUCCCCAGGAAGCUGAUCAUGGCAGGAAAAUACUCAAAGGAGUUCUUCACCAAGAAAGGUGAGCUGCGCCACAUCACCAAGCUGAAGCCGUGGGGUCUGUUUGAGGUAUUGGUGGAAAAGUACGAAUGGCCCAAAGAGGAGGCCCACACUUUCAGUACCUUCCUGUUACCCAUGCUGGACCUGGUGCCUGAAAAGAGGGCCACUGCUGCCCAGUGCCUCUCCCAUCCAUGGCUUGUCUCUUAAAGACCACCUACAUGCACCACAACAUCCAAUGUGAAAGGGCAGUGCAGAUUUGAGGAGCCUUGACUUGAAUUCACAUGCACAUCAAACCGCAGACAGGUCAGCGAGAGACUGUCUGCAUCGUGCCCAUCUUAUGGCUGCUUGCCUCUCUUCCUGGUUCUUGGAAACUAACUGUAUACACAUACACACAUACACACAAAAGACUGGCUGCUAAGUUGAUGUCUGGUCAUGAAUUACACUGGUAAUAGAGGGAUGUUGAGGAGUUCUGCUUUAGGACAUCUUAUCUUUUUAUGGUGCUUGGCUGCUUAGGAUUUGAGUUACAUGCCUCUAUCUUUGUUUAUUUUUUCUUUAUCCUCUAUGUUCAAGCCCGCUCUUUCACUUAAUAGUACUGUUUUUUUUUCUUUGUCUUGUGGCAAUUUCAGAUACCAUAAUGGACUGUCAAAUUAAAAAGGAACUUGCUCAUCGACACUUACGAAAAGAAGAACAAUGUUCUGUCAGGGAACACUUAUAGAUGGCCAUACAAACCAUAUAGUUUGAUUUUACCUGCCAUAAGUCAAAAGCCAAGUCAGCUUUGACAGAUGUGGUUAUCUGUGCUGUGAAAUUAAAGUAAAGUGGUAAGAAUUAAUGACUCCAUAAUGCUAACAAGCUUAACAGACACUAGCAGUAUUGCUUAUAGGUUGACUAUCUAGUAAUAUAGAUGACCAUAUCAAUUACACCACCUCAACGCUAAAGGGAGCCAGUUUUUUGUUAACAUGUAGACCUGUCAGUUCCGGAUUUAUAAGAGGGGAAGGCCUGUUUUCUUUAUAUAUGUAAUUAUUAUUUCAGUUAAAAUAGAGGCUAGAUUGGGGCACAAAAGCGAGUGAAAUACUGUGAGUUUUUAUUUUCAGUUAUGUCGGGGUUUUUUUUUUUUUGCGUAAACAAUUUCACUCAAAUGGCUUUUUUGUUUUUUUUUUUGUUUUUGUUUUUUACAAUUCAGUUAUAUACGAAUUUAGAACAUUCAUUGACAGCCCUACCAGUUUACCAAAGAGUUGGCCUUUGCUCUCUCCCUUUAUGAAAGUUUAUGACAGUUUUUAAAAGCAACUGUCAAUAAUGUAUUUUGAAGGAAUGAUGUUGCCAGUGCUGAGAAGGUUUAUAGACUUUUGCAACAUUUAGAAAUGCCUUGAAAAAUGUUCAGGUGAGUUCCAGCUAUAUAAAGGUUGUAGCUUCAUUUUGAAGUUUAUUUUCAUAACCUUGCUCCUGUGCAGAGAAAUUUGAUUGCUGCAUUUAUUGGAGUGUCUAAUAGAUUUUACUCCUGAUAAUGCUGUAGUUAUGCUUUUGAACAUACACCCUGACCAUUCUUGCUUGCCGUUUUUCUACAAGUUUCCCCUUUCUCCUCUUUUCACAUCUCUCCUCUUCAUGUGAUUGUUUCAAAACCUUUUUUCUGUAUGUAAGGAAAUAAUAAACAUUUUCAA